UUCGAAAAUUUGAUGUAAAAACGAACGAGCGGUAAGAAAAUUGCCAUUUCUAUCCACAAAUAUGAAGUUAUUUGCUUUGUGCGUUUUUCAAAAAGAUAUCAAGGUUAAACUUCUUGUUUCUGCCUACGAGCUUCAGUCCUUUGGGUAUUUUCAAAGAUCAAGUAUAAAAGAAUUUAUGCAGUUCACAAGUCAGAUUCUUGUGGAGAGAACUAGACCAAAUGAGCGAGCUACAGUUAAAGAACAAGAAUAUAAUUGUCAUGUGUUUGUGAGGCAAGACUCUCUUGCUGGAUGUGUUAUAGCUGACUUAGAAUAUCCACAACGAGUUGCCUUUACACUUCUAAAUAAGAUACUUGAAGAUUUUUCAACUGUUGUUACACCUGCAGAAAGAAAGGCAGCGGCUCCAGACACCAUUGUAUAUCCUGCGUGUGCAGAAAACCUACAAAAAUACCAGAAUCCAAGAGAAGCAGAUGCCAUGACUAAAGUACAAGCUGAGCUCGAUGAAACAAAAGUAGUUCUACAUAAUACCAUUGAAACUGUUUUAGAGAGAGGUGAAAAACUAGAUGAUUUAGUAGAGAAAUCUGAGGGUCUAAGUAUGCAGUCUAAAGCCUUUUAUAAAACAGCAAAAAAGACAAACUCGUGUUGCUGUAUACAGUAAUAUUAUCAGAAUUUCUUAUGCCAAAGCAAACUGUUAAAGCCCUAUUAAUAUAACACCUACUCCAGUUCUCACAGCUGUCAAAGUAUACAAACUUUCACAAAGACCUCUUGCAGAAUCGUCAUGUAUAUAGAAAUAGAGAAUAAAACUUUGGUUGUGAUAUUUUAUUAGGAGAGAUAGGGAGACAUUUAUUUUAAUGAUAAACGACUUAUAAGCUAUUAUAUACUUUGACAGUGUAUUAUAAUCAUUUUGUCGCAAAUUCGUGCAGAUUCGUGCUUAUUUGGUUGGCUAGGGUAAGUUGAAUUGUUCCAAAUAAGGAAAUGAGAUGCAAAUUAGAUUUGAAUAUUCCAACGGUUGGCACGGAGCUACACGUUUCAAGUGCCUUAUAGGUGUAUAGUCAAUGACAUUUAAACCUCUGGGCUUUAAAAACGAAUUUUUUUAUAUCAAAACCUACGAAAUAAAGUCAUUGAAAUGUACAGGAAUACUGAACCCUAUUUAGGAGUUAUAAAAAUCCCAAAAAAAGAUCAAAUAAAGUCAUGAACACACUAAAAA